GGCGUAGCGGUCAGGAGACCGUGUACCCCAGAGGUGUCUGAAAAAUGCUCCCAGGAGGAGGACGCCAGGCUGCUGAGGCCUGUGGCUGACACCAGGGGGCAGGGCGGGGCGGCGGGGACAGCGUCCGGAGGAGGGAGCCGCCCAGAUCUAGCCCGGGGGGGCGAACGAAGAGCGGGCGUGGUGGGCGCUAGCUCCGGCUCACGGUAUUAGGCCUUGGGGACAUCGCUCGGUGACACGAGAGCCUCGGGCCCCCGCCGCCCCGCGCCGUGGCCGGGAUGGGGAAUACAGCCCAUGCGUGCGGCGCCCGACGGCCUCUCUCCGCACGCCCGAGCCCCAGUGCAGGCGGAGGCCCGGCCCCUUUGUGCCUGGAGUGUCACGCGCGGGCGCUCCUGCCGCCGCGCCUAGGAGAGGCCUCCGGCACCCCGGGCCCCUUUCCAAGCACAACAGCGGCCCUGCCGCGGCCCCGCGCUGACCCACUUUCCCUCCCGCCUCCUCAGCCCGAGGCCGAUAAUCCAGCGGCCGCCGCCAAGCAGAUGCAAAUGUUUAUUUGGUCUGACUUUGAAAUACCUCGGAGCAGCUGAAAUAAUUGAAGGCAGCCCUGUAAAAAGCAGCACUUCCCGAUUUUCUCACAGGCAAACCCUCUGCUGGGGCCGCCAAGGGCCCCCAUGAGACACCUGAGGGGCAGCACAGCCCCUGCUUCCCUGGGCCGUGCUGGCCGUGCCACAGCUGGUCACCCGCACGAGGACCUCGAGAUUGCCCUGCAGACUGGCACUUCUCCGGGGAAGUGAUGGCAGCUGCCAUGGAGCCAGCAUUUGUCGGGGACCUGGCACGUAGGCCACCGGCUCUAGGAGAGGGAUGAGGAGCUGUGGGGCUCACGUUUCAGGGAUUAGCUUGUGUAACUUGACUUGUUCCCCCAAAUCCUACAAGUACAGAGAAUAUGCAGAAAUCUGUGAGAGAAACAACCUUCCGCAGCUCGUUGUUGUGGGGAUUAAAUUAGUAAGAUGCCUAGAAAAUAUGAUUCAGGAGGAGUGUGGGUGCGUGUGACUUGGUGGUGGGUGGGCUCCACUCACCACCUUCCCUCCACACUUGUCCGAGGCAUUUGAACCAGAGCAACUCUAUUUCGAAUAGCGGCCGGUAAAAUAAGGCUAAGACCUACUGGGCUGCAUUCCCAGAUGGUUAAGGCAUUCUAAGUCACAGGAUGAGAUAUGAGGUCGGCACAAAAUACAGGUCAUAAAGACCUUGCUGAUGAAACAGGUUGCAGUAAAGAAGCUGGCUAAAACCCAAAAUGGCAACAAGAUGUGUCCUCUGGUGGUCCUCACUGCUACACUCCCACCAGCACCAUGACAGUUUACAAAUACCAUGGGAACAUCAGGAAGUUACCCUGUAUGGUCUGAAAAGGGGAAGCAUGAAUAAUCCACCUCCUGUUUAGCAUAUCAUCAAGAAAUAACCAUAAAAAUGGGCAACCCACAGCCCUUGGGGCUGUUCUGUCUAUGGAGCAGCCGUUCUUUUACCCCUUUACUUUCCUAAUAAACUUACUUUCACUUUA